AUGGAUAAACAAAAGUUCGGACUAACGGCGAAGAAGGAAGAGGAUUUUUCUGAGUGGUAUGUACAAGUCAUAACAAAGGGAGAGAUGAUCGACUACUAUGCAAUAAAGGGGUGCUAUGUGAUGCGUCCUCUCGGGCAGUUCGUUUGGAAAUGCAUCCACAAAUGGUUUACCAAGAAGAUCGAGGAACUUGGGGUUCAGGAGUGCUACUUCCCCAUGCUGGUUCCGAAGUCGAUGCUUGAAAUGGAGAAAGACCAUGUGGAAAACUUCUCUCCUGAGGUUGCAUGGAUCACAAAGUGUGGAAAUCAGGUUUUGGAAGAUCCUGUUGCAGUGCGACCCACCUCGGAGACAAUAAUAUAUCCAUCAUUUUCAAAAUGGAUAAGAAGUCACAGGGACCUUCCUCUCAAGCUGAACCAAUGGUGCAGUGUACUUCGAUGGGAGCUGCAUGGGACGCUUCCAUUCAUAAGGGGAAAGGAGUUCCUGUGGCAGGAGGGGCACACGGCAUUUUUGACGAGGAAGGAGUCGGAUGAAGAGGUGUUGGCCAUCCUAGACCUGUACUCCCAGAUAUACUCCGAGCUUCUCGCUGUUCCCGUGAUAAAGGGGAGAAAGUCUGAGAAUGAAAAGUUUGGUGGUGCUGAUUAUACCACGUCAAUUGAGGCUUUUAUUCCUGGGUCUGGCAGAGGAGUGCAAGCUGCAACAUCGCACUCUCUUGGACAGAACUUUUCCAGGAUGUUCGAUAUCAAGGCUGAUACGGAUGAAGGGUCUGAAAGUAGCAGCUUUGUCUAUCAGAAUUCCUGGGGGAUAACAACAAGAUCGAUCGGAAUUGCGGCGAUGAUACACUCGGACAACCUUGGGCUGGUACUCCCUCCAAGGGUAGCUAUGACUCAGGUUGUUAUUGUUCCAUGUGGAAUAACGACUGCAUCGUCAAAGGAUGAUACCGAGAGUCUAAGGGCAUACAUCAAUGGAGUGUGUGUUCAACUCAAGAACUCUGGAGUUCGUGUGCAUCUUGACGAUAGAAGUAAUGUAACGGCUGGAUUCAAAUUCAACCACUGGGAAAUAAGAGGUGUUCCACUAAGACUGGAGAUUGGAUUCAAGGAUAUGGCAAGCUCGGAGGCCUGCUUAGUAAGGAGAGACACCCGCGCCAAAAAGCAAGUGUCUGUAGAGGGUAUUGCUCAUACAGUAAUGGAAGAAAUUGACACGAUGCACAACGAUAUGCUCGCCAGGGCUACCUCAGAGAGAGACAGCAGGAUUUCUUAUGUCAAGAGCUUUGAGGAGUUUAUGUCUGCUCUUGACAAUAAAAACAUAAUAAUGGCACCAUGGUGCGGCAUCAGCGAGUGCGAGAUUGAGAUCAAGUCUAGAAGCACAAGGGCAGACCCUCGCAGCGAUGUUGUUUCUACAGGGGCAAAAACCCUGUGUAUUCCCUAUGGAUCAAAGCCCUGUGAUGGGAUGAAAUGUAUCAACUGUAACAGCCAGGCUGUGCAUUAUACCCUAUUUGGAAGAAGUUAUUAA